AUGACAGACGUCAGUAUUUUUUAUGAAGGAAGGAUAAGAAACAGUGAAUUACCAUGGCGCCAACAACCACGGAAGAACAUCUCAAUACAGAAGCUGAUUUCAACAGAUCAGUUACUCGAGCUGCCCCGCGAAAUUACGACUUCGCCUAUUUCAGCGUAUUUAGGCAAAUCUCUCUCCAUCUGGCUGCUGGCUAUGGAUUGUAUCUAA